AAUAUAUAAUGAAUAAUGAUAAAAAAAAUGAGAAAAAACCUACUAAAUAAGUUGAAAAGAGUUCUACAACUAAUAAUCAAUAAAUUUAGAGUAAACUCUUAGGAACAAAUGUUAAUGAAAUAAAUAUUGAAAAAUUUCGUGAUCUCAAGUAAACUUAAAAUUUCAAUAUACAAGGCAAACUCAAUCCAUGUAAAAAAACUAUUUACUAAUUUAGAAAUCAUAAAAACUGUAUCUAAUAAAUUUGGUCUCGAUAUUGUAUUUGUUUUAGAUUUAAGUAAUUAGAAAAUUGGUAAUAUUGAUUGUUUAACAGAAUGCAUUCAUUUAGUAUAAUUGAACCUACAGAAUAAUUCAAUUAGGUAAAAAAUUUUUUAUUUCAAAGUGAUAUUUCCCCAUUGAAAGUUAUGAAAGAUCUAGCUUUUUUGAAUAUUUCCAAUAAUCAAAUUACACAAUUAGAUUUAGGUGAACUAUCUUCCCUUUAAAACUUAUAAGCUAAAGGAAAUUUUAUAAAAAGUGUGAAAGCAAUAGAGUAUUUAGAUCGUAUAAGAGUCCUGAGAACACUCUAUUUAUAAUGUCCAUCAGGAGAUCAGAAAAAUCCUAUUUGUGAUCUUAACAAUUAUAGGAAUGUGAUAUUUAAUACAAUAAAGACACUUUAAAGACUUGAUGGUUAUACUAGAGAAUAAGAAUACAACACUGGAUAAGAAUUAUAAAAGGAGCAGGUUUAGGUUAAAAUUGAGAUUCCUAAUACUGGUCCUUGGUAUGUUUAAUAAUUCCCAAAAGUUGACAAUCCUUCAUCUAUACAAUUAGAUGAUAAAGGAGUUAAAUAAUCUAUAGAUGAAACAAAAAAGUUAAUCAGCAAUAUUGAAAUGAAAUUGGCUUUAUUAAAUUGA